AUGAGAACCCCUUCCACAAAUCAACAGGAUCAGUCAUCUCAGCGUCACCCUCAGACUCAGUUCCCAUCUCAACAACACUCGAACAACAAUAUUAACCAACCAGCUCCAUCUCUAAAUCAGACAUACCAUCCAUUUCGACCCAACAAUGGACAGCAGCUACUGCCUCUAGAUGGUCCAAGCCCUUCUCAUCAACAGUUUCAUUCACACCAUGAGAACUCUCAACAGCAUUUUCAACCUAACCUCUGCUACCCACAGCAGCAGCAAUUCCAUGGACAGAACCAGGGCGACCCACACCAGCAACAGUUCCACUCAGGCAUGCCACACCAGCAACAGUUCCACCAGGGCUCACCACACCAGCAACAGUUCCACCCAGGCACACCACACCAGCAACAGUUCCACCAGGGCAUGCCACACCUGCAACAGUUCCACCAGGGCAUGCCACACCAGCAACAGUUCCACCAGGGCACGCCACACCAGCAACAGUUCCAACAGGGCACGCCACACCAGCAACAGUUCCACCAGGGCACGCCAUCCCAGCAACAGUUCCACCAGGGAACGCCACACCAGCAACAGUUCCACCAGAAUUCACCUUAUCAGCAACAAAUAUUAGCAUCAUGA